AUAACUCUCCCUCUCUUUGUCUAUUUCGUCUCCCUCUUUCAAUACGAUUAAUCCGGCAAUUCAUCUCAAGAGAUCACAUCAAUGUCACAAUAACUUUGAACGCCAACACAACAGCAUGAUUGUUACAGAAUCGCAAACAGUCAUCUUAUGGUUGUUCCUUACAUUGGAUCUUUCAAUGAAUAUCAGAGGUUUUUCUUACGCCUGUUCCAACAUUAAUCUCGAACGCCAUUGCGUGUUCCAAUUGAUCUUCGCCGACUCGUGCUUGUCUUGCGUUUGUUCCCUAGUGAAGAGUGUCCUGCUAAUGAGUCUUCAAUUAGGUCUCGCGGAUGGGGCCUUACCUUGUCAGGCUUUGUAUUUUGGCAACUUUUUCCCCCUGGUUAUUGGGCCAAUUUGUACCAGUUACAUAUCCAUUUUAAGACUCCGUGCCAUCAAUCAACCAAAUCAACCUGAACCACAAGGUCUGGCUUGCAAGGUCAAGAUAUCGCUGUUGUUCUAUUGCGGGGUCUUUGUUGCCAUCAAUGGAUACCACAUCCAUACUGGAUUGCCCAUCUCUUUUGCUUCGGAGUAUUGCAUGCACCAUGAAAAAGCGGAACCAAUGGGACUCGAGAGCCGUUUGAUUAACCUGUUACUGCUAAUUCCUCCGCUCGUGUCACUUCUCUCCGAUUAUAAAGUGGUCAGGUUGAUCCGAAGAAUUGCUAAUGAAAGUGCUGUGGUCAGCGAGACCCCUAGCGUUACUGCGACGAAAAGACCUCAAGGAUUGGCUAAUUGGCAGACAGUGCCCGUGAAAGCUACGGUGAUCUCAGCCCUUCUCUUGGUGGAAUAUUUUUGUGUCGCAAUUCUGAUCAAUUUUACCAACUUCGAUGUGAGAACCAAAGCUCUGUGUUUGAUCCUUUGUGGUCUUUUUGUCAACUCGUUAAGGAGUCCGUUGACAAUCUUGACCACGUUUCGCUUCAAUCAAGAGCAACAGCGCUACCAAAACCGAGAGGCCAUUCGUGCCAAGAAUUUGGACCGAGAACUGUUCCUUGCCAAUAAGAGGCGACAAGCUCAAGAACCCUCAAAAGAGAGAUUCUGACCUGUUCAUGUUUUUUUGUGUCAAUAAAUGUGUGGAAUAAAACCACUUGCAGUCGG